CGGCUUCCUGCUUCGCAGGGGCGGGGCGGCGGCGGCGGCGGCGAUUGUCUGGCGGCCUGGGGCGGCCCCGUGGCGCCUACCCUCUGCCUGUGGGGACGGAGGAGCGCGCCAUGGCGGUGUCGGAGAGUCAGCUGAAGAAGAUGAUGUCCAAGUACAAAUACAGAGAUCUAACCGUCCGUCAAACUGUCAAUGUCAUCGCUAUGUACAAAGAUCUCAAACCUGUAUUGGAUUCAUAUGUUUUUAAUGAUGGCAGUUCCAGGGAGCUGGUGAACCUCACUGGUACAAUCCCAGUGCGUUAUCGAGCCUACUAGUUCAAUGACUAUUAAAACAGGAAAGCAUGUGGAUGCAAAUGGGAAAAUCUACCUACCUUAUCUACAUGACUGGAAACAUCCCCGGUCAGAGUUGCUGGAGCUUAUUCAAAUCAUGAUUGUGAUAUUUGGAGAGGAGCCUCCAGUGUUCUCCCGGCCUACUGUUUCUGCAUCCUACCCACCAUACACAGCAACAGGGCCACCAAAUACCUCCUACAUGCCAGGCAUGCCAAGUGGAAUCUCUGCAUAUCCAUCUGGAUACCCUCCCAACCCCAGUGGUUAUCCUGGCUGUCCUUACCCACCUGCUGGCCCAUACCCUGCCACAACAAGCUCACAGUACCCUUCCCAGCCUCCUGUGACCACUGUUGGUCCCAGCAGAGACGGCACAAUCAGUGAGGACACCAUCCGAGCAUCUCUCAUCUCAGCAGUCAGUGACAAACUGAGAUGGCGGAUGAAGGAGGAAAUGGAUGGUGCCCAGGCAGAGCUUAAUGCCUUGAAACGAACAGAGGAAGAUCUGAAAAAAGGCCACCAGAAACUGGAAGAGAUGGUCACCCGCUUAGAUCAAGAAGUAGCUGAAGUUGAUAAAAACAUAGAACUUUUGAAAAAGAAGGAUGAAGAACUAAGUUCUGCUCUGGAGAAAAUGGAAAAUCAAUCUGAAAAUAAUGAUAUUGAUGAAGUUAUCAUUCCCACAGCCCCACUCUAUAAACAGAUUCUAAAUCUGUAUGCAGAGGAAAAUGCUAUUGAAGACACUAUCUUUUACCUUGGAGAAGCUUUGCGGCGGGGAGUGAUAGACCUGGAUGUGUUCCUGAAGCACGUCCGCCUCCUGUCCCGUAAACAGUUCCAGCUAAGGGCACUGAUGCAAAAGGCAAGGAAGACUGCGGGCCUUAGUGACCUCUACUGACGUGUGCUGUCAGCUGGAGACCGACCUCUCCGUAAAGCAUUCUUUUCUUCUUCUUUUUCUCAUCAGUAGAACCCACAAUAAGUUAUUGCAGUUUAUCAUUCAAGUGUUAAAUAUUUUGAAUCAAUAAUAUAUUUUCUGUUUCCUUUGGGUAAAAACUGGCUUUUAUUAAUGCACUUUCUACCCUCUGUAAGCUUCUGUGCUCUGCUGGGACUGACUGGGCUAAAUAAAAUUUGUUGCAUAAUUUUUCUCUUUCUUGGACUUGAGAUAAGAUGCACAAAAGAAGCCUGUCUUCUCAUUAAUAAACAAGGCACAGUGUUCAUCUUAAGUUGCAGUUCAGUAUUCUGUAGGUUAAAGAGAAGUUCCAUUUAGUGUAGAAUGUCAUGCAGAGAAAUGUAUAUAUUGGAGGAGAUGUUUAUUUCAUUCUAGAACCAACUGAACCAUGGUUCAGAACUUUUUUAAUCAAGAAGUCAAUUCCCGGCAUUUGCAUUAGGCAGCUCACAACUGUAUUCUAGCUUUGGGGAUCCAAUAUUGUCUUCUGGUCUCUGUGGCCACUACACUCAUAUGUACAUAGACAUAGAUACAUAUUUUUUUUUAAAAAAAAAGCUUGGGAAAAUGUAGUAAGACUUUCAAAUAAAACACUGAGCAUGCUGGGUGAUUUAAAGGAGGUACUCUUUGCAAAUGUAUUUUAAUUGUUGAGGGAAAAGUGUGUUAAAAUGUCAAUCUCUAAUUGAUUUCUUCAAAGCUUUCCUCAGAUUUCACUGUCACUGCCAACUCUGACCUUGUGACAGCCACACUAGGUGCACAAGCCACACCUUGUGCAGCAAAAGGCAGUGUCCAUCUCCCAGCUUGGAGUUCAGCAUUACCUAAUACCUGGAAUACCUGCUGCAGAUGGGUGUUGUUACCAAGCCAAGUCAUCUCAAAUAAAGGAAGUUUUCCUGCUGA